AUGGCCUCCUCCGCCCCCGUGGAUCUAUCCGCGCCCACCUCCAUGGACCUCCCCAUCAUCGACAUGGACAUCUACCUCGCCCACGCGCCCACCUCGCCCGAGUCCCAGGCCGAGUGCGCCAAGGCCGCCGCCGCGCUCAUCAAGUACGGCGCGCUCGUCCUGUGCGACUCGCGCGUCGCCGCCUCGGACAACGAGUCCUUUCUCGACCUCCUCGAGGACUACUUUGCGCAGCCUGAGGCCGCGCUCCGCCGCGACGAGCGGCCCGAGCUCGGCUACCAGGUCGGCGCCACGCUCGAGAACACGGAGAAGCCAAAGUGCGCCGUCGACGAGCCCUGCCUGGACGUCAUUGCGCGGCUGGACCCGGACCAGCGCCCGCUGGACAUUUCCGCGCACAGCCCGGACCCAAAGUGCCGGUUCUUUUGGCGGAUGGUGGAGCAGCCGCCGUACGAGACGCAGUUUCCGGGCUUGAAUGCGCCGAAUGUGGUGCCCGAGGCCGAGGGGCUGCGGGAGAGGUGGACGCCGGUCAUGGACCGCUGGGGCAACUGCAUGAAGAGCGCCGUCUCGACGCUUUCCGAAAUGACCGCCGUCGGCCUCGGUCUUUCCCCGACAUACUUUAGCGACGCCGGCCGCUACGGCCCUCAUCUCCUCGCCCCCACCGCCUCCGACCUCACCAAGUAUGGCGCCGUCGACACCAUCCUCGCCGGCUUCCACACCGACCUCAACUUCCUGACCAUCCACGGCCGCAGCCGCUACCCGGGGCUCAACAUCUGGGCGCGCAACACCGGCCGGCGCAUCCCCGUGCGCAUGCCCCCCGGCAACUACCUCCUCGUGCAGGCUGGCAAGCAGCUCGAGCACAUCACCGGCGGCCUCAUCAAGGCCGGCUUCCACGAGGUGACGGUCAACGAGGCCACGGUGGCGACGAUGCGGCGGCGCGCGGCCGAGCAGCCGGACCGGCCGCAAAUUCGCAUCUCGAGCACGCUGUUCUGGCACCUAAACUCGGACUUUGACCUGCAGCCCGUGCCGGAACUCAAGGAGAGGGCGAAGCGGCUGAGGGAGGAGCAGGAGAAGCUGGGGCGGGAUGAGGGGAGGGAGGCAGAGUAUCUACCGAUGAAGGUCGGCCAGCAGGUGGAAAGUGAGUUGAAGCAUAUUGCGCUGAUGGCGUGA